AUGUUAACAUUUCAAAGUUGUGUGAAUUUCUCAUUUCUCAAACAACACAAUGAACAGACUGGUUUCGCCGCAGUGUGUCUCAAGUGCCCUACCUUUCAGGCGCGAAAGUGCGCAGGGAAAAUAGGCAAGCGGCUUGUUGCAACCGACGCACCUAUCACUCGCAAGGACAAACAAGAAGGCGAUAUUUCCUCUGUGUUCUCAACAUUCUCUGGCAGGAAGAGCGCACCACUGCCCGAUCGUUUCCGUGAUUUGAAGCGAAACUUGACAGUUGGGUUUGAAGAGGAGAUUCAAAAAUCCUGGGAUGACCUGGUCGAGACGCUCAAAGUCCGCACUGAAGAAGUCGCCACCAAGCGAGAGGCUAUUAUUCCCCAACUGAACUUCUCCGAUAUUCAAGCAGGCAAUGUGUCGCCGGCAAACAUUGAGGCCAUUCGUCGCACCGGUGUUGCCGUGAUCAGAGGAGUUGUACCGAAGGGUCUCACUGAAGAUCUCCUUGCUGAUGUUCGUCAAUACUUCGACGGGCACUCUUUCAAGGGCUUCCCGUCUGAUGCGGAAAAGAAGGUUAUCUACGAAUCAUACUGGAGUCCUUCUCAAGUGAAAGCGAGAUCGCAUCCCAACAUGCUCGCCACACAAUCAUGGAUGAAUCAACUUUAUCGUGCCGAUGCAGACCAGAAGAUUGAUCUCUCGGUGCCACUCACCUACUGUGACCGUGUGCAAAUCCGCCCACCUGGUGAUAAACACUUCGGCCUCCCGCCUCACGUCGAUGGUGGAGGUGUGGAGAGAUGGGAAGAUCCUUCUUAUAACCAUGUCUACCGCAAGAUCUUCCAAGGAAAAUGGCGGGAGUAUAAUCCAUGGGAUCUCACUGGCCGCCUUGAUGCCAACAUGAACAUGUACGAGGCACCAGGAGGUUGCUCUGUCUUCCGGGCCUUCCAGAGCUGGCUCGGACUCUCUCGCCAUGGGCCCCAAGAAGGGACACUUGUCGUUCAUCCCAUCCUGCAGCCCACCACUGCCUACUGGAUGCUUCGGCCCUUCUUCAAGCCCACUCGCAAGGGUUCCUUGGAUGGAUGGAAAUUCUCCCUCGACGAUGAAGAAGGCGAGGUUUAUCUGAAUGGUGCCAACCCGGGAACUGCCCAGGAACAUACCCCUGACCACCAUCCCCAUCUUAACCUGGGUGAAACCAUGAUUCCCUAUCCUACUGUUGAGCCAGGCGACACCGUCUUCUGGAGCGCUGAUACAAUCCACGGUACGGAGACUGUGAACGCAGGAAAGAACGAUGCUUCAAUACGUCGCUCAGCAACGCGAUGCCUUCUUGAGGGGCGUACCCCGCCAGACUUCCCCGGUGGUCUUGGCGAGUCUCAGUACUCUGACAGAGCACAAGUUGGAGACAUCCAGUCUGAGGCUGGCAGGGUUGCUAUGGGUCUGGAUCCUGUCAAAUCCAAUGGUAAGAACGACAAGCUUGUGCAAGAGAUCAACAAGAUUCUGGGCCACUAA